AAAGUGGUCUGGACCAUGACCUUUGGCCACCGGGUCCCUCUUGAAGACAAGGACAGCCAACAAGUGGCUGACGCCAUUGAAUCUGCCGUAAAAUCUGGAGGGAGUUUUGUCUAUGCUCUACAUAAACAGUUUCCAUGCUUCAUGAGAUAUUUCCCAGGGCCACACAAAAAUGCCCUGUCUAGCAGGGAGCUGGUGCUUUCCUUUACAAAGAAGGCGAUAAAGAAACAUAAAGAAUCAAAGGCAGCGAACGAGCCACAAGAUUUCACGGAUUUCUAUUGGCUACAAGUGGAGAAAAGCAAGGCUGGGCACAAUACUGCCUAUAAUGAAGAGAACCUAGCUGAAUGUGUUUUUGACUUCCUUAUCUCAGGGGCAGAGUCAACUGCAAUCAGUCUGCAGUGGGCACUCCUGCUGAUGGCAUCUCAUCCAGACAUUCAAGAUAAAGUCCAUAAGGAGAUGGAGAAGGUUUUGGGUUCCUCAAACUCAGUUAGCUCUCAAGAUUGGAAGAAACUACCUUAUACCAGUGCUGUGAUUCACGAGAUCCAGCGAACCAAACAUGCAUUCUUAUUCAGAAUCAUCAAACAAUGUGCAAAGGAUGUGAAUGUCUUUGGUUUUCUCGCUCCCAAGGGAACGUUUAUUAACCCAAAUCUGAAUUCAGUAUUUCUUGAUCCCAAACUAUGGGAAACACCUGAAAAAUUCAACCCAAGUCAUUUUUUGGAUAAGGAUGGACAAUUUGUCAGCAGAGAAGAAUUUCAACUACUUGCUACUGGGUCAGAUGUGUCUUUAGAGGAUAAGUUAGCAAGAACGGAGCUCUUUAUUUUCUUUACAAAUCUGCUCAAGACAUUCAUCUUCCAACUUCCAGAAGGAGAGAAAAAAGCCAGCAAAGAACCUAGAAUUGGGUUGACAACAUACCCUCAUUCUUAUAAAAUCUGUGCUGUUCCUCACCACAAGACAUCAUAA